GUCAAGCUCCAUAUUAAUCUCAGUGUAUUUAUCAUGUAGUGUCAUUAACAUCCCUGUUAGUAAUGAUCAGGUGUCCCAAUACUUUUGUCUAUAUGGUGUCUAUAGGAAAUAGCACGGUGUGUUGUUUUAAACUCAUUUGUUUUGAGAGUGUAUGAACGCACUUCUUUCCACCGUUACAUUUGUGAAUCAGUUUCCUACCAAAGGAGCCGACUCAAAGAGUCGACUCAGUCCGGAACGACACAUCCAUCAUAAUGAAUCUUACCAAAGUGAAAGUGAUUCUCUUUCCGCCUCGACUCCAUUUUGCAAAAGUUACAAAUCUCCAGGCAGAAUCGGGGAUAUUAAUGUCACAGAACAAGGACUGUUGACUAAAGGUUUGUCUGGUUUGACUCUGAUCAGGAUAAAUCACUGAAAAUGAAUAAAUGAAUGACUUGCUGAAGAGAGUCAUCAAGUGAGAGGAGUGUGAUCCAUUCCAGCAGAAGAGAUCAGACUCUUCAGGACUCAGCUGUAUGUUUGUGCAAACUUUACUAAUAUUCAGAGAUGGAGACUCCUGAUCUAGACACAGAUAAUGUUUCCCCACCAUCAAACAACUGUAAACUCCAGGGAAAGAGAUCAGAAUCACCAGCACCCAGCUGUAUCUCCAUGAAGACUGAUGAGUCUAUGAAUCCUCCUCUGUUGUUUAAAGAUGGAGACUCCUCACUUCUACACAGUGUUCUACAGAAGGCAGGAGACAGAAGAGAAAUGAUCACCACAGAUACAGGGCAUGACCCAGAAUCUGUGGCUGUAAAUGAAUUCCAGAAAAAGUUCAAAUUAAAUCUGAUGGAGAAGUUUCAGUGUUUGAAUGGAGUGAUAAUAAACCUGGGAACCCAAACCCUCCUGAAUGAGAUCUACACAGAGCUCUACAUCACAGAGGGAGACAGUGGAGAAGUCAAUAAUGAACAUGAGGUGAGGCAGAUCGAGGCAGCAUCCAGGAGAACAACAACAGAGGAAACACCAAUCAAAUGCAACGACAUCUUUAAGCCUUUAUCUGAACAAGAUGAACCCAUCAGAACUGUUCUGACAAAGGGAGUCUCUGGCAUCGGAAAAACAGUCUCUGUGCAGAAGUUCAUUCUGGACUGGGCUGAAGGGGAAGAAAAUCAGGACAUCCACCUCAUAUUUCCACUUCCUUUCAGAGAGCUGAACUUGAUGAAGGACCAGAAACUGAGUCUGAUGGAGCUCCUUCAGUUCUGUUUUAAGGAAACAAAAGAAACAGAAAUGUCCAGUUUGGAAAAGGUUCUGUUCAUUUUUGACGGAUUGGAUGAGUGUCGUUUUCCUCUAGAUUUCCAGAACACAGUGAGAGUGUGUGAUGUAACUGAAUCAGCAUCAGUGCCGGUGCUGCUGAUAAACCUGUUUAAAGGGAAUCUGUUUCCCUCUGCUCUCAUCUGGAUCACCUCCCGACCAGCAGCAGCUGAUCAAAUCCCCUCUGAGUGUGUGCAUCGAGUCACAGAGGUACGAGGGUUCAAUGACCCACAGAAGGAGGAGUACUUCAGGAAGAGGAUCAGUGAUCAGAGCCUGGCCAAUAACAUCAUCACACACCUGAAGUCAUUAAGAAGCCUCUACAUCAUGUGCCACAUCCCGGUCUUCUGCUGGAUUUCAGCCACUGUUCUAGAGAGAAUGUUGGGUGAAGCAGAGAGUGGAGAGAUCCCCAAGACUCUGACUCAAAUGUACACACACUUCCUCAUCAUUCAGACAAACAUCAUAAGAGAAAAAUACACAAAGAAGCUGGAGAGUGAUCAAGAAAUGCUUCUUAAACUGGGACAACUGGCUUUUCAGCAGCUGAAGAACGGGAACCUGAUCUUCUAUGAGGAAGACCUGAGAGAGUGUGGCAUUGAUGUGACAGAAGCAGCAGUGUACUCAGGUGUGUGUACACAGAUCUUCAGAGAGGAGUUUGGGCUUCACCAGAGUAAAGUGUACUGCUUUGUUCAUCUGAGUAUUCAGGAACAUCUUGCAGCUCUGUAUGUGCACCUGAAAUUCAUGAAGAAGAAGAGAAAUGCUCUUGGUCAGAAUAAAGGCUUUAAAUGGCUGAUUAAAUUAAUUAUAAUUACAAUCUCAGAUGUACACAAGAGUGCUAUAGAUCAGGCUUUAGAAAGUCAGACUGGACAUCUGGAUCUUUUCCUUCGCUUUCUUCUGGGUCUCUCACUGGAGUCCAAUCAGAAACUCCUACAUGCUUUAGUAACACAGACAGGAAGUAGCUCCCAGAGCAUAGAGGAAACAGUUCAGUACAUUAAGAAGAAAAUCAAUGAAGAUCUUCCUACAGAGAAAUCCAUCAAUCUGUUCUACUGUCUGAAUGAACUGGGUGAUAAUUCUCUAGUGGAGGAAAUCCAGCACUACCUGAAAUCUGGAAAACAAAGUGAACUCUCUUCUUCACAGUGGUCUGCUCUGGUGUUUGUGUUACUGACCUCAGCACAGGAGCUGGAAGAGUUUGACCUGAGUAAAUAUAUCAGUACAGAUAAGAUAACAGAAACUGUUGUUCUGAAGAUGAUGCCUGUGAUCACAGCCUCCAGAAAAGCAAUUAUCAGGUGUGAUUCACUUGGAGAGAAAAGUUGGUCAACUCUGGACUCAGCGCUCAGAUCAGAAACCUCCAGUCUGAGAGAACUGCAUCUGACUGUGAAAACACUGGAUCUGUCCAGUAAUAAUCUAGGAGACUCAGGAGUGAAGAGUCUCUCUGCUGGACUGGAGAAUCCUCACUGUAAACUGGAGACACUGAGGUUGAGUGAGUGUGGUAUCUCAGAUGAAGGCUGUGCUGCUCUGACUUCAGCUCUGAGAUCAAACCCCUCACACCUGAGAUAUCUGGUCACGGUGACGUAACUGGUGGUAGUCACAGAAGUCCAGCAGUCUGUUGUGAGACAUACAGCAGAGGCACACUUGAUUUUGUCCAUUAUAUCUGCUCUUAAUUUGUCAUACAGCCUAGGCAUUACAGUUUUUGACAGUGUUUUUCUGCUCGGUAGACUUUAUGAUGGGUCCAGAAGAUUUGAAUACUCCUUAAAGCCCUUAUGCUCCACAAUAGAAAAUGGCUGAAAGUCAUGAGCAAUCAUUUUGACCAGAGCCUCGUCUAGUUUGCUUUGUCUUAGAGGAUCCAUUGGUCUUGUCACAAAACUGCUCAUAGGAGUUUGCUGUUGUGACCUCCUUGGCCUGACUGGUCCUUGGAUGGUUCUGGGUGCUGCUGUCAUACUGGAUCCUGUAAAUGUGGUUGAAGCAGUUGAAGCACCAGCUGUAGAAGGACUGUUGGUAGAAACAGCUCCAGAAGAGCCACCAUCUUCACCCUCUGUUCUAACUUGUUCUAACAGCACAGUUAGAUGUGAGGAUUUAAGGUGUCUUCUCAAAUGUCCUCCUUUAGUGGAAAUUUUUUUUUUGCAUAUGUUGCAUUUUGCUUCAGUGUUUAAAAAUGCAACAAAAUGAGUCCAAACAUCACUCCUUUUUCUGGUGCUCAUUCUCCUGAUGUGUUAAAAUCCGUCUGAAGUCUCUUCUCUGCCUCUCACCUAGUGCAAAACAAUGGGGGGUGGGUGUGGAAGGGUCACUGUUCCCUUGGUGACAGCCUUGAGUGACAGUUGCACUUCAACUGAACCCUUGAUGACCCGAGCACAUUACAUUUGACUACUGACCAUUUUAACUCCAGUUUUAACUCCCCAUUUUACCUGUUUUAUUUAAAAUUGGGUAACAACUUAUAUGACAAAUCUGACAUAAACAUAACCUUAAUGUAUGAAACUAAUAUUAAUUAUUCACAUUAAUAGUGUUAUUUGCUUUUCUCUUAUGCCCCUGUGUCAUUUAUGAGUUUGAGUUAUCAGUAUUAUACCAGUAAAUGCACAAUUGGUGGCUAAAUAAACAACAAUAGGUAUUUUGUGUUUGCAGGUUUAGUUUAUUUUAAUAAGUAGUAUUUGUUUACAGAUAAAGACAGAACAGGCAAAUUAGCAUUUCCAAGUAUUUAUUUAUUUUUUAAAAAACCCUCACACACCACACAUAUCCUCAAGAAAUAUUAAACAAUAAAAAAGGAGACUGACAGAAUUAUUAUUUUUCAGAAAAUGUUUAUUGCACAAAUAUUUUGAUAAUUUUAUGAUAUCUGAUAGUUUUAUAAUUUAAUACGUUAUAAAGUCAAUAAUACUAAUGUAAUAUUGUAUUUGUCAUAAGAUACUGAGACGGGAAGCAGUCACUUUACAGGAAUGAACAACGUGAAUCCAAAGACUUGUUAUGUAAACUAAUCUUUUCUGUUUCCGACUGCGUUGCCAUACGGGGCUGUCACGUGAUGAACAAAAUGACUCGAACCGAAGGCGCGGGAGAUUAAUCAUUCUGUUGGGUAUACAGAAGACGGUACGGCAUAGCUUAGUUUAGGAUGUUACGUGACAAAAGAACGAACCAAUUCGACCCAAAAAAUCCGGAGGUGAGGUGAUGAAGUAACAGACUGCAUAGCCUCAAGACACCGGUAAGAUAUUACUUAUAAUAUGACAGUUCUUUCUUAUUUGAAAUGUGAUCAAUAUGUGGGUGAGUAGAUGUGUUAGAGAAUUAACAUGGAACAUUUUAAUUACAUUCUGCUGAAGUGAACGAAAUGACUCGAAAAAAGAUUCGUUCAUUUUGCUGAACGAGAUUCAAAGAACCGAAUCAGUAAAAUGAUCCGAACUUCCCAUCACUACUGUCCUGCUAAAAUGCAGCUCUCCUUCAUUUCUCCUAACAGAAUAAACAGUUUGUCAGUGUUGGGCAUGAGAGAGAACUGAACUUUUUUACAGUCUGUUAGAAAGUGUAGCUCUGUGUCCACUGUGUACACACUCUCUGCUCUGGAGAACAGUGAACACUAGAACUUGUGGCUGAUAUGCAGAAGUAGUCUUUUUAGGUCCUUGGGUAGAUCUUUUGUUGUUCUUUCCUCCAGUUUAAUGGAUCCCCCUCACUAUCCAGGUUACGUGACUGUAGGUAGGCCUGCAGCUCACAGGCUACACUUAGUUCCUGGUUGUUAGAUGGACUUUGUAAGGUUUGUUCAGUAUCUUUAGAAAAGCUUUCCAGCAUCUUCUUUUUCUUUGGAGUAACUGAAUGACUGUAUGCUUUAAUACGGGGAUCUGCUGCUGCUGUGCUGUUCACAUGAAGACAUGAACUUCUGUGAUGCUGUAUUUCAAAUCAUGCUUGAAAACACAACACUGAUUGGUCAGUAGUGAACUUCCAAAGAGAGUAUGAUCGGUCAGUCGAGGUGAAAAAUCAUCUGAAAACUCAGUCCAUAAGAAGAAUUUGCAGCAUCAAUAUACUGAUGCUUUUUGCUGCUAACACAUCAGUAUUGCAGAUGAUUAUGUUUAAUUAACUGUGGGAGGUCUGAAGAAGUGCAGUGCAAGAAUUGUAUAAGAGUGAAUUCAGGCUUGAAAAAGCUGUUGAUAAAGUUUUCCUUGAUAAUCUGUCUUGAGUAUCUGAAGAUGCUGAUUUUGAGUUCAUUAAGGCUGUAACUUUGGAGGAACUGGAAAGAGCCAUCCAAAGAGAUGGAAAUUUAAUGUUGGAAAUAUUAAAGGAAUUUAAAAUUGUCUCUGCUACAAAGAACCUAGGGUGUAGGACAUUUGUGUCAAACCGUAUCCACAAAGGGCCGGUGUGGGUGCAGGUUUUCAUUCCAACCGAGCAAAAACCACACUUGUUCUUGUUCAGUCUCUAGUUAUUUCGAGACUGGACUACUGCAACUCUUUACUGGCAGGUCUUCCUCUGAAUGCAAUUCGUCCACUGCAGAUGAUCCAAAAUGUAGCUGCAGGGCUUGUUUUCAACCUGCCUAAGUUCUCCCACUCCACCCCACUGCUGCGUUUUCUCCACUGGCUUCCGGUAGCUGUACUCAUCAGAUUCAAAACACUGAUGCUUGCCUACAAAGCCAAGAAUGGACCAGCACCAUCUUACCUCAAAGAUCUUAUUACCUCUCGCACUGCACCUCGUUCUCUCUGAUCCACCAGCACUGCCCGACUGGUCCCACCAUCUCUCAGGGUAAAAGGCAGGUAUUCAUCUAGACUCUUCUCUGUUCUGGCACCGAGGUGGUGGAAUGAACUUCCCCUAGAUGUCCGUACAGCAGAGUCUCUGACCGUCUUCAAACGAAGACCUUUUUCCUGAAGCACUUGAACUAGCUCUUAUCUUUCCCUGUUUUUAUGUAUUGUUAUAUGUUUAAAAAACAAUUUUAGACUAUUGGUAUCUUAAGUCUGUAACCUAUUGAACCAGUGUUAAUAUAUUCAUUGAUGGAGACUUAAAGCACUUUGUACUUUUGUAAAUAGUAUCUUUUAAUCUGGUGUAAUCUAGAAUUUUAAAUGAUUUCCACUAUAAUAAAACCAUGAAAGAGCUUGCUUCUUUUUAUUUUAGUGUUAUAAAGAGGCUUUGUGUGAAGUGAUUAAAGUUAAAGUUGAUGGUCAGUCUGCUGUCCUCUGUUCAGCUUCAGCUGCUGAUAGUUUAAUAUCACACACAACAGAUGAGAGAAACUAAAUCUAACACUCAGGGGGAUCAUUUUAAUGACAUUGUUCAUUAGAAUAAACAGGUGAUAUUAAAUCCUCAUGUCAUUCUGAAUAAUAAAAUCAUUUAGAAACACAUCAUCUUUAAAGGAAGUCUUAAACCACGAUAAAAUCUGUUGAUGAAGAGUGUGUCA